UCCCCUUUUCCUCUGACGACACGCUCCAACAUAGUACAACAGAACCUACUGGUCUCCUCUCCGGUGCGCGUGAACCAACUUUCGAGCUCUCCUCGGCACCGGCCGGAUCAUCUCAUCUCAAAUCAAAGACAUAAAAGUUGCGGGGCUUCGUAGACCCACCGCGAGUGGUAUGGUUGGUUGAUUCUGAGCCUGCCUGCCUGCCUGCCUGCUUCCAUCCUCCAGUUGGAGAAUACAGUAUGUUUUCUUUCAAGUCCAGCCUCGGGUCAUCCUUCAAUGGCAGCAGAGUCCCCAACCAGGGUUUCAUGGAGGAAUCAGACGUGCAGGAACAGUUGAGCAGACUGCACGAGGAGCUGAGGAAGGAGAGGCAGGAGAAGGCGCGUGCCCUAGAUGAGAUACAAGAGCUCAGGAUGACGAACAAGAACAGGAGCAAAAAAUUGAAGAGCAAUGGAGGCGAAGAGCACUUGGACCUUGCAGACAUGUUACAGCACCUGGAAGGCGAACUGGAGGCAGCAAGAGAUUCGGAGAAGAAGAUGCUGCUGUCGUUGGAGGCCCAAACAAAGCAGCUUGAGCAGACCAAGGUAUCCCUGGAGGAGGCCAAGAUUGAGAUAGCUUCGCUACGAGACAGCUCUAAUCCGGGUAGGCAGCCGGUGAAGAAUUUCAGGAGAAGGGGUAUGAUGUCAUUCUCCUUUGCCGACCCUGGUGAGGUUGAAACAUGGUCGCUACAGCGUGAGCUCAAGUUAGCUGUGGAAUCUGAGGAGAAGUGCAAGAAGGCCAUGGAUGACUUGGCCAUAGCCUUGAAUGAACAAACUACAGAGGCCAGAGAAACAAAAGCCAAGCUUUCAUUGGUGCAAGCUGAGUUGAAUAAUGCAAGGACCGAAGUGAACAACUUGAAGGCCUCACUAGAAAGCACAGAGGGCAAGCUCCAGCUGGCACUGGAAGAUGCAGAGCGACUAAAAGUUGAGUCAGAUGAAUUGGCAGCAGCGUCAAAAGAAAAAGAGAGGGGCCUCGUUGAUUGCAUCAAGCUGUUUGAGGAGGACCUAAGUAAAGGAAAGGAAGAGAAUGAUAAACUGAUUGAAUCACAGAGGGUGGUCAGAGAUGAGAAUUCCCGGCUGAGGGAGAUGCUCAAGCACGCGGUGGGUGAAGCUAACGUAGCAAGGGAAUCACUGGAGAUUGCCAGAGUGGAGAACUCUCGCCUUAAUGAACAGAUAUUUGAGAAAGAAAGUACCUUGCAGAGUAUCAAGCAAGAAUAUGAAUCCCUCAAGAUCAGUGAGGCAGCCGCACAGAGUAGCAUUAAAGAAUUGAAGGAUAUGAUUGAUGCUAUGUUCAGUUCCGAAUCGACCAAAACGUCAGCAACAGCAUCACCUCGUGAUGCCAAGGGAAGCAAGACGAAAGAAAAUUCUGUGGCAGCAGAUGAUGUGUAUUCUGAUUUCGAAAGAUCUACUCAACCAGACGACGUAAAAAACCCUGGAAAGCAGAAAAGGAAGACAAUUCUCAGAAAAUUUGGUGAGAUAAUGAAGAAAAGAAACUCCUAAACUGUAAUCUAGUAUUAUGAAUUGAAAGCAGUAUAGCUUCGAUUUUGAUUGUUCAGAUCCACUGAGCACACAGGACAGCUGGAAUGGCAAAGAUUUACAGUGACGACUGUGUGGGGUCAUGCCAUGGAUUUAUACUACAAAGAAUGGAACAUACAUGUAAAAAUACAGAGAAUGAAAUAAGAAAGUGUCAUAGCCUUUUAUGUUU